AUGUAUUUUGCAAUCCUUUGCAAUAUACGACAUCGUCGAAUUUUAGUUAUUAACGACUCACGAACAAUGAAUACAAGGCAUGGUACGAGUAGGCUAGAAACUGCCAGAUACGAACGAUCGGUGUUAAUUCAAGCAGCACUGACCUGUGGUGUAUUCAUAAUUGGAAUCAUAUUAAUCAAUUUUCUACCAAAACUUCUGACAAAAAUUUUCAGUCAAGAAAUCAUAAUUCCAGUGAAUAUUUUCAUCAAUUCAUUUCUGAUUUUAGGUCGUACUGUAUUGCCGAUGACCCUUUUUGCGACUAAUAAACAUGCCCGUAAGCAACUCUAUUUACUUCUGAAGAUUAGUUAG